GAGAACACACACAGACACACACAGAGCUCAUGAGGAUGCAUCUUCACUUCUGUCUCUGAUCACAGAGACUGAAGCAGCUGACCUCAGUGCUGUGAUAUCAGUCGAACAACUACAGCAACACCAUGUCAGUCAAUGCCUCUGAACCAGUCCACACCGUCAAGUCUUCGAAAGAUGACCAGAUGACUGCGGAAGACAUCACGCAUGUCGUCGUCGUCGUUCUUUACACACUCACUGUCGUGCUCGGCAUCACAGGGAACUCCGUGGUGAUCUGGGUGGCAGGAUUCAAGCUCAAGCCAAAGGUCACUAAUGUGUGGCUGGUGAAUCUGGCGAUAGCAGACCUGAUCUUCUGCUUCACACGAGUCUUCUCUCUCAUUAAGAAGCUCUUCUAUGACCACUGGCCCUUUGGCAUCUUCGUUUGCAAAUUCAACGGCUUCUUCAAAUAUGCCAACAUGUUCUGCUCCGUCUUUCUCCUGGCUGUGAUCAGUGUGGACCGAGCACUCUGCGUCUGGCGGCCCGUCUUCACCAAACGACGGCGCACCCUAUGUGCAGCCAGGGUGGUGGCUGUCUGCGUCUGGAUAGCAGCCAUCAUCUUCAGCACUCCAUACUUCGUCCACCGGCAAGUCUACCUGGCGAAGAACAACCUGAGUAAGUGCUCUGUGGAUUCAAAGGAGGAAAAAGACAAGGACAGCAGCACCAAACUGGCUCUCUACAUCAUCCGCUUCAUGUGUGGCUUCAUGUUGCCUUUCAUAGUCAUCCUCAUCUGUUACAUCCUGGCCGGCAUUGGCAUCCGACGCACUCGUCUGACAGGGAAAUCGCGCCCUCUGCGUAUAUUAGUGUCACUGGUCAUUGCGUUCUUCCUGUGCUGGGCUCCGUACCACUGCCUCCUGCUGGUGAAGAUGGUGGACAGUAAGAACAAGGUGGUGAAGAUCUGGUCUCCUGUGGCUACAGGCAUCGCCUACUUUAACAGCUGUGUGAACCCGCUGUUGUACUUCUGCAUGGGGCUGGAUGUCAGGGGGAGGCUCAGGCAGAGUCUGGCAGGGGUGUACCGGAGAGCUCUGGCAGACGAUGUGGACGAACAGACGACUCAGUCCAACGACCGCUCCUUGGACGACAGUAGCGGGUCGAAACACACCACUGUUGUGGUGGCAGGGAGGAGUCGGUCAUCAGUGGAUUCAGCCAAAAUCUGAGUCUCCCAGUGAUCCCUAAACUUAAAUGGGAUGAGUGCUUCACAUACUGAGGUCAGAUUUUGCUGUUAAACAUUUUUGAGUUGUGUUUUGAUGCAAUUAAAGCCACAGAUGAAAAGUGGAACUGUGGUGAGUCUGGAGGGAGAGGAAGGAAGAUGAAGGGAAGUGAGACUAUUACAUGGAAAUACAAGAAUAAGUUCAGUUGUGACAGAUACAGCACUGAGGGUUAGAUAAACUGAAACUUAACUUAACUUUGGGUGAAUUGCAUUUCAAACAAUUAGUCACAGGGUUUUGAUGAAUGUUUUCGUGCUCUACCAUUGAAAAUACUCUGGAGGGUUUCAUCAGCAGUGAGUGUGAGUGUAACCAGAGCAGAGAACUGGGCAUGUGGACCAUAAAAUCAAGCCCAGAAGCUGAUCAGCCAGCACAGUGCACAUCAAUUCUUAGCAACACAGCUGUACCUGCUCUACAGAUUACUUACACAUCGCUGACAUACAUGUCUGUAUGAUCAGACUGUUUAUCUUGAACUCACUUUUCUUUAGGUUUUCUGCUCUGAUGUGUUUUGUGGCAGUAUUAACUUGUUGAAUAGGAUGGAUAUACGCCCACAGUGUUACACUGAUUUAAAAUUCACUGCAAUGACGGAUAAUAAGCCUAGUUCAACUUUUCUGUGAAUUUCUUUAACUUUGUAAAUCGUGCUAUAAGAUGAAAGACAAACUGUAAAAUGAACAGAAAAGCUUUUAAAGUUGUAGGAACUUGUAGUUGUGUUUUGGUUGUGUAAUUGUUGAAUAAAACUGUUUAGUUUUG